AUGACUCCUCAACGGCGAUCCAUCUACAUCAGCUCUGCUCCUUCGACAAUAGUGUCGCCUCCCGUGGCCCAAGUCCGCACUUUUCAUGAGCAGUUCCCCGGAUAUCAGGCCAGUCCUCUAGUGCCUUUGCCCGAAGUCGCGCAGGAACUCGGCGUCCGUGCGGUGUAUGUCAAACAAGAAAACAAUCGUUAUGGCCUACCAUCCUUCAAAGUAUUGGGAGCCUCAUGGGCCAUUUACCGGGCGCUUCUGGCGCUCUUGGACCUGCCCCUUGAGACGUCCUUAGAAACCCUCACGGAGCGCAUCCGGGCGGGUGAGCCUUUCACAUUAAUGGCCGCCACGGAGGGAAAUCACGGUCGCGCAGUGGCUUGGGUGGCCCGUCAACUAUCUCUACAGGCGCGCAUCUAUGUCCCUCGCACGAUGGUUGCGUACACCCAGGAGAUGAUCCGGUCGGAGGGCGCGGAUGUCAUCGUUGCCAAUGGGGACUAUGACUAUGCCGUGCUGGAGGCCGCCAAGGCAUCUCAAGCGACAAAAAAUGCAAUCCUAGUACAAGACACGGCUUUUGAUGGCUAUGAGGAAAUCCCAUCCUGGAUUGUAGAAGGCUACUCCACGUUGAUGCACGAGGUGGAUGUGCAGCUACAAGCGCUGGGUCAGCAGAAUACUCUUGUUGUGUCACCUGCGGGAGUCGGAUCGUUGGCUCAAGCGGUCGCGAUUUAUUCCAAGUCGCGCACAAGCCCGGCGACUUUUGUGGCUGUCGAGCCAGAUACCGCUGCUUGUCUGAACCUGAGCCUUAUAACAGGAGAGUCGACCUCGAUCGUCACUAGUCCCAGUAUCAUGGCCGGCAUGAAUUGCGGCACUGUGUCCUCCGCCGCCUGGCCGGUUCUCCAGAAGCUUGUCGACGCCAGUGUCACAAUCUCGGAUUAUGAGAGCCAUCGCGCCGUUCAGUACCUUGCGUCAAACGGAGUAGACUCGGGUCCGUGCGGUGCGGCUAGUUUAGCAGCCAUUCGGCGCCUCAAAGCAGAGCACGAUUCCUCUGCGUACUUUUCCUCGGACUCGGUGAUUGUACUGCUGAGCACUGAGGGUCAUCGUCCCUACCAAGUCCCUGAAGAUGUCUCGUCAGAUGACCCGAUUGUCUUGACCCAGACCCUUACACGGAUUGACUCCUCCAACCCAACAUUGUCCAAGGCCAAGGGAGCGGGCGAGACAGAUGUAGUCAACUACCUGUCGGCGUGGUUUGCGCACCGUGGCAUCGAGCAUCAUCGCGUGGAAACCAAGCCAGGCCGUCCUUCCGUGGUCGGCAUCGUCAGGGGAACUGGAGGUGGGAAAUCGUUGAUGUUCAACGGCCACGUGGAUACCGUGACCUUGAGCACGUAUGAAGGAAACGGACUGAGUGGACAUCUCGGGGAGAAGGAUGGCAAACAGGCGAUCUUCGGUCGAGGGACGCUUGACAUGAAAGCCGGAGUCGCCGCAGGACUGGCUGCAUUGGCGAGCGCCCAGCGGUCAAGGCUUGCCGGAGAUGUGAUCGUCACUGCUGUGGCGGAUGAGGAGGAUGCCUCGCAAGGCACGAUGGAUGUGAUCGAAGCUGGAUGGAGAGCCGACGGGGCGGUGGUGCUGGAGCCCACUAAUUUAAGGCUAGCACAUGCUCACAAGGGAUUUGUGUGGGUAGAGUUGGAAGUGCAAGGACGCGCAGCGCAUGGCUCGAACCCUGCGGCCGGUGUUGAUGCGAUUAUGAACAUGGGGUUGUUGCUGCAAGCCUUGAAGCAGUAUCAGCAGCAAUUGCCGGUUGACGAGGUGCUUGGUCAGGCAUCGCUUCACUGUGGAGUCAUCAACGGUGGGGAUGAGGUAUCCUCGUAUCCUGCCAGCUGUACAUUGACCGUCGAGUUCCGAACUGUGCCCGCACAGACAGAGGAGAUCAUUCUGAAUGAACUGCGAGACCUGCUUACUCGGAUCAAAACGCAGGAUUCCGAGUUCCAGUUCAGCGAGCCUCGCAUCACUUUCUCGCGCCCGUGCCAGUACCUCCCUGAGAGUCACCCCCUGGUGCAGCAGGUGGUUGAGAUCAGCAAGGAGGUUCUCGAAGAACCUGUCCCAGUGGUCAGUGUGCCGUUUUGGUGCGAUGCUGCUCUUCUGACACAAGCGGGAAUUCCCAGCAUUGUCUUGGGACCGGUGGGCGAGGGAUUGCAUGCCAAAGAAGAAUGGGUAGAGGUGAACAGUGCACGACAACUGACUGAGAUGCUUGAGAAGUUGAGGAAGCUGCCAUGCAUGUUGAUGCUCUCGCAUGUUGUGUGUUGUGAAGAUAAAUCCCCUGGCUCAGGCGCAUCGUCCUGGAACCUCGCUCCUUCACCAGAAACCAGUAGUAGCUUUUUAGAAUGGCAACCGUCGGACAAUGCAGCGUCUUUCACGCUUCCUAUCGAUCACUCAUCGCUCGACUAUCCUCCCCAGCCAAGUGAUUUGCCUGACGUGCUCUCCACCAACAAUCUCUCGCAGCACGACACACUCGCGCCCUUUUAUUACCCACUUGCUGCAGACCCUUCCCUCCCAAUUCAUCCAACCCGUCUCGAUGACGGCUUCGUUAGUGUCUCCCAGUGGCUGGACGGUGCCUAUCGACCCCCCGUGCCCUGCAGCUACUGCCAACGUCACCGACUACAAUGUCUAAUUCUGCGCACCACUUCCGCGAACCCCAAUCCGGUCACGUCAUGUUCCAGCUGUGUCGCACUUUAUCGAGAGUGCAGCCUCGCACAAGGCGAGAAGCGCCAGGCUGCAGGAUUCGAAACCAUCUCCCCAGUUUUCGGCCAUCUGCACGGCCUCACGGAAGAGCACGACGGAGGACUUGCUCCCUCAGAGCCUGGAUUAGAAGUAUCAGCAAGACAGGCGGACAAUGCUACUCAGGCUGAGACACAAGUGAGGCCGCGCUUCUCGCGCAAGGGAGCAAAAAUCCUGCGCGACUGGUUCUAUCGCUAUCAGCACUUUCCCUACCCGACCGAUGAACAACGCGCCGAGUUUGCCAGUCAGACCGGCUUCACCGAGCGACAGAUCUCAAAUUGGUUUGCCAAUGCCCGCCGACGCCGGAAGAUGGCGUUACGCACGCCGCGGCCCAACCCCGCCACGCCCUCGCCUCGCGGCAGUUCCCCCAUGCCUAUUUCGAGGCACGCAUCUUUGACACCUAUGGAGCGAUGGCAGAAGUCUCCUCCCGACCAAGAUCCAGUCCCGCAAGCCAUCAUUGAGAAGGCCAUCGCCACUUCGAACCUUCCCCCAGCAGCAGGAGCUGAACUCAGCCGAGGCGAGCGCGUGGAGGCGAGCCAUCGCGGCGACGGCCAUGCUUACUCGGUCUCGAGUUUGGAAAGCGGACAGUUGGAGAGUGCGCGAUCCCAAGCAUCGUCUGACACGGCAUCUUCAGCGGCUUGGAGCCACAACUCGGAUGAUUAUUUCCCAUUCCCGCUGUCUGAUAGCCGUCGACGCCGACAGCAUUCUCGACGCAGGCCCUCAUCCACCCACUCACUUGACGAUCAUCAAUACCAAUGCACGUUUUGCCCUCGAUCCUUCAAGAAAAAGCACGAUUGGUGCCGCCAUGAGUCAAGUAUGCACCUCUGUCUUGAGUCGUGGUUCUGCACUGUUGAUACAACUACACCUGUUGAUCUAGAGCCCGUGGAAUGUGAGUUUUGCGAAACUCCACGGCCCUCGCCUGCGCACCUCGAGUCACACGAAUUCGACGUCUGCGCGGAUCGACCGCCGAGCGAGCGAACAUUCGCGCGCAAAGACCAUCUGAUCCAGCAUCUCCGGAAGUUCCACCGGUGCACCAAGGUGCCUGCAGCGAGGGUCCAGGGGUGUCGCUCCACUCGCACCGCUGUGACGAGUCGGUGUGGGUUCUGCGACGCGGAGAUGCAGAGUUGGACUGAGCGGGCGGAUCAUCUGGCGGAUCACUUCAAGAAGGGCCUGCGAUUGAGUCAGUGGACGGGCGGAUGGGGACUGGAUGCUACAUCGCUGGCAAUGCUGAGAGAUGCUACCUUGCCGGCUCAGCGAGUGUCCGGGUCGUGA